CAGUGUCUGACUACAAAAUGAUUUCUGUGUGUGCAGGUACCUGUUUGUUUCAGUCGGAGGAUGCGUCCUGGCAGUUGUCACUAUGGGCGUCUACAGCCUGCUUCUCUUCACCUCCACCUCUGUCUUCAUUUUGCUCGUGUGCUCUGUGGAUCUCCGCCAUGUCCACACCUGGGUGUUUACUGUCCAGAUGUUGUGGCAAACCUUCUGGCACCUUCUCAUACAGUACAGGGAAUACUACCUGCAUGAGCCUGUCAGCAUCAGGUUGUUUGUGGCAGUGUCCUCGUUGAUGCUGCUGACUCAGAGAAUCACUUCGCUGUCGAUGGACCUCCAGGAGAAACGAGUAGUGCUAACAUUUAAAGCCUCAUCCAAAAGGAAGGCGUGUGUGAUGCUGCUCCCUCUCAUCAGCUACAUCCUCAAUUUCACCACUCUGCUCGGCGGGCCUCUGUGCUCCUACAGACACUUUGUGUCUUUAAUGGCAGGGAUCAGCCUCCAUGCUCCGCCUAAUCCACUGGGUGUAGUCCUUCUAAAGUUGAUGCAGAUUAUUAUGCUGGAGUGCGUUAAGUUUUAUGUUGUCUAUUUACUAAAACACAGCUACUAUGAUUCCUACUCCUCUAUCUAUGGUGUCCUGUGGGUUUGGGGUCUGGCGCUGGUUUUUAGAAUCCAAUAUUAUUCUCACUGGAGGAUCAGUGAAUGCCUCAAUAACGCAGCUGGGUUUGGCUUUUGGGAAAAAGAACCCGAAGACUCCCCAGACGGGUGCAAACUAUCCGAUGGAGAUUACUGCACCAUCGAAGCCUCCAGCCGUAUGUCUGAGUUUGCCCGUCGAUGGAACGCAACAACAGCUUCAUGGCUGCGUAGGCUGAUUUAUAUCAGAUGCAAACGUUUUCCGCUGUUCAUGACUUUUAGUUUUUCACUGUGGUGGCAUGGUUGUCAUUUAGGUCACUUUGUGGGAAUGUGGACCUGGGCAGCAACAGUGAAGGCAGAUUAUCAUAUACACAGGUACUUGCACCCAAAACUCUCAUCUACACAAAGUAAAAUAUACAGUUGUUUAGGAUGGAUAAACACUCAGAUGAUUGUUGCUUGUAUUGUUAUUGCAAUAGAAUUAAGAGAUAUGUCUGGUUUGAGACUUUUGUCUAUAACAUACAUUGGUCUGUUUCCACUUCUUAAUAUAAUGCUGCUCUUUAUCUUAUUAAAACUCAACAAAGUUUAGAAAUGUAGCAAUGUGAACACACUCCCAGACAUACAACUGUUCUAUCAUUAAAAUAUAUGAAUGAA